CCGCGUUUGCGGGGCGGACGCCGCGGCCACGGCGCUGUCGGACACCUCGGAGCCGACCCCGCUGCCCGCGCACGGGCCAUGUGGGCCGCCAGGCUGCUCCGCUCAGCGUGGGGUGCAGCGGCCGGCUCCGCGCUCAGCUCGCCGCCGUCCCGCGCCCUCCAGUCCUGGGGCAGCCACUGGCAGACCUCGGUGCUGGCGUUCAAGGCCUCCAUCCCCAUGAGAGCAGAGCCCCUAAGGAAAAAGAAGAAGAUGGAUCCAAAAAGAGAGCAACGGGCAAGGGAGCGUUUGAAAAAGAAGAUAAGAAAGUUGGAGAAAGCUAUCCCAGAACUGAUUCCCAUUGAGGACUUCAUAACACCAAGCAAAUAUUUGGAGAGCACCAGGGUCCGAAGUGCCUCCCCGCUGUCCUUUGAGGAGAGCGAGAGACGUGCCCUACUAAUGAAGAAAUGGACCCUGUACAAGCAAAAACAGCACAAGGCAGAGAUGAAAACAGUUACCAUGCUUGUAGCAGCCCAGGAGGAAGCACUAAGGGAACUGCGUCUGGAAUCAGAAGAACUUUACCAAGCAGCAAUAAGGAGAGAUGUGGGACUGUUUCCUUUUGAGAGAGAGGGACCGAGUUACACACCACCAGCUCCUGGCUAUGAAGCUCCUGAUGGGAAAUGCAAUGAUGUCACCAAGGUGUACACACAAUGAGAUGGGGAGAGUUCACCAUUAGGCUGGCAGCAGAUGCUUAGUUUAUUAAAAGACACAACGGGAUUAAACUAAACUGUCUGUUUUGCUAUGUCAAAAAUUAUGAUUAACAUGGUUGUCAGGAAAUCCUCACAGAAAAUUAAAUUUCCACCUUUCCCUGCCCACUUUCUUUCUUAGAAUUAGCCAUCUUGCUAAUAAAAUGUCCAAUAAAAACUAAGUAAACUAGG